AUGUCCUCAUGGAAAAUCCCCACCGGGGAUUAUCAUGCUCACUUUGAUUGUUUUUCUGGAGCGGCUGGCGACAUGCUUCUGGCAUCUUGUUUAGAUUCUUGUGAAACGGAAGAAGUCAGGGAACAGCUAUUGGCUCAUGUCGUGACAUGUCUGGAAGAAGGCAUGCCCGAGCUCAAGGGAGAGUUUGGAAUUGAAAUCAAAAAGGUAUGGAAGGGAAUUGGAUCCAUUGCGGCACUUCAUGUCAAUGUGACCAGUAAAUACAACCAUGAAGCAGCACCAGUACCAUCCAAUAGAAGUCGAAGUGAGAAUAAUGCUUCACAGCAGGAUUGUCAACAGGAUCACAGUCACGAUGAGCACACACAGACUAAUCAUGAUCAUUCGCACGAUCAUUCUCACAGCCGAGCCGAAAUGGGUGGCAAUAAUGAUAUUAUGACAUCUCGAUUUCGGACGGUGGAACGAUAUUGGGAAAAGGAUAUCGAAAUCAUUGAUGGUCUCCUAAAGAGUGGAUUUGGAGGAGGCGCUCUCAUUUCGUCAAGUUUCAACCUGAAGGAUCAAGAAAUUACGAUUGAACACAAUCCACACCAAUUGUCCACCAACUUUCUCCAAGGAUUCUUUGCGGAUGUUGGAUUUGAAGCGACAGUUGUUUCCAUGGGCAUGUCCGCUUCUCUUCCUGCUACCACGGACAUGAAUCAGAAUCUAACUCACGAUGUGACACCUGGUGGUGGUAUCGUAACGCAACAGUCAGUCGACGACGACGACGACAACCAUGGCAAUUCUCACAGCCAGCCUACCAGCAGUAUCAUGACUUCAGUCUUCAAAACCGCAAGUCCCUAUACCGAAAAGGAUAUUGAGAGUAUCCAAAAUGUGAUAAAAAGUGAAGUAGGAGAAGCAGUCGUUUCCAUAGACUUCAAUCUAGAAGGACAGCUUGUUACGAUUGAACAUGAUCCGCAGCAGUAUUCCACCCACGAUGUAGGCGGUUUUAUCAUAAAGGCCGGUUUUGGAGUAAUGAUUAUUUCCAAGGGCAUGUCUGCUUCCCUUCCAGAGCCAACUAUUGUUUCCAAUGCCUCGCCCACGAAAACAAAUGCUGUCAUCACAACACAACAGUCUCAGGAUGAUGAUAACGAUGACAACGAAGAUAUUGGUAAUUCUUUUCAUGGUCAUUCACAUGAUCAUGGAUCAUCUGGAGGAGGACACAACCACAGUCAUGACCACCAUGGAACCUCGUCAUUAUCCAAUAAUAAUAACAGUAAGCUUCGCAAUUUGCCCGAAAUCAAGCAAAUGUUGGAAUCGGCUCCCGCAUCCUGCAUUGCUCCAUGGGUCAAGACCAAUGCCAUUGCUGCAUUUACCGAACUUGCCGAAGCAGAAGCCCAUACACAUGGAGCGUCUAGUAUCGAUGCUGUUCACUUUCAUGAAGUGGGAGCCGUCGAUUCGAUUGUUGAUACGGUCGGGACGCUGAUUGCACUUCACGCCUUGGGCGUCAAGAGUGUUUCCAUUUCCAAAUUGCCUUUGGGAGAGGGAAUGGUAUGGACCGAUCACGGCUUGUUGCCCAUUCCUGCCCCCGCCACCCUUCGAUUAUUGAUUGGCAUGCCCACUUGUCGGGGUCCUCCCGGUGUCACGGGUGAGUUGGUAACUCCAACGGGGGCGGCCCUGUUGCGAGCCUUGACGUUGGAACGAGCAUUGAAGUUAAAGGGGCGACCUCCGGAUGAUUUUGUAUUGAAACAAGUUGGAAUUGGAGCUGGAACCAAAAACUUUGACAAGCAUCCUAAUAUUUUGCGGCUCAUGUUGGGGACGGUGGGCUUUCAAUGA